AUGAGUGCAACACACAAGGUGCUAGAUGGCAUCACUACACUCAAUACUCAAUAUGAUAUACUUGUGAUGGGAGGUAAAAAUGUUGGAAAAACUUCUCUCAUAUACAAGUUUUUGGGCCUAUUGGCCCCAGCUGAGACACAUGAAAACACCGAUGAACUUCAUGCCAAAAUGGUAGACAUGAACUGGCUUCUGAAACUGACUACAUGUGCAUCAUCUGUUUCUUCAACAUUCGAAGAAAUUACGAUUCUAGAUGCAUCUUCCAGUGCCGAAUCCUAUGCAUCCCACAAAUCCCGCCAAGUAUGUAAUGCACAGACUAUAAUGUUUGUCUAUGCCUUGGAUAAUAGGGAUUCGUUUGAAGCAUUGGAGUAUAUGAUGGAAGGCGUGAUGGUAAUGAGAAAUCACCAACUUCCUCCAUUUGUGGUUGCGGGAUUAAAGCUCGAUAUUCAUUCAGAGUACCAAGUUCUGUACUCGGAGGGCCAGGAAUUAGCUGUCCGUUUCGGAGCUCUUAAGUUUGCUGAGGUAUCCUUAAGAUCAGAUGAUGAGGUUAAUAAUAUAUUUCAUCUUCUAGUGCAAGAAGCAUUGAAGAUGAGGUCAGAGCAGUAUGGUUUGGAUGAACGUCUUUCCCAAUAUAGUGCAGACUGUUCUAAAGACAGUUCCUCCAAAGCCUCGACUACUCCAUGCACCGAAGCUGCGCUUAUAGAUUCUACCAUUGUUGCAGAACCUCCGUGUGAGACAAUCCAGGAAGCUCACGAAUGUGGAAGUCCUCAAGAUACCAACAGCACUGACAGCCAGGAAAAGCUUCCGCAUAGCACAGGCUCUCCUGCCUAUUCGUCAAGGGAAACUGCGGUCGUUUCUAGGUCUAAAAAUAUUUCCAAGGGGACCGAAAGUCGCAAAGCGAAAUCCGGCUGUUGCAUUAUUAUGUAA